UACAGUUAUAGGCAUAUUCCAUUGGGCAGGCACACAGUGAGAUGGGGCGUUCCACAUAACUUUUUCUACACUACAGUUGUAGAUAAGAAAAAUAAUCUGAAACCUUAAGGCACUUUUACUGCGAAUGCCUUCCACUUUGGAGAAGUAGGUUGAGGAGUCUAUGGGCGGCAACCUUUGGAGACCUGAGAUAGAGAGAUAGCGGGUGCUAAGAUGUGAUAAUGCACACUUUACGCUACACAUUGUUGUUGCUGCUAUUCAGCAUAAAUUACCUCUACGCACAAGACACUGCGGCGCCAUCGUCAAGAAACUUCACUGUCGACUGGGACAACGAUCGUUUUCUUAAGGAUGGUCAGUCGUUUCGUUUCAUAGCCGGCUCGUUUCAUUACUUUCGCGCUCAUCCAGAAAGUUGGCAACGAAAGUUGCAGACGUUGCGCGCUUCCGGCUUGAAUGCGGUCACCACCUAUGUUGAAUGGUCACUACAUAAUCCCAGAAAUGGCACUUAUGUUUGGAAUGGCAUUGCGGAUUUGGAAAAAUUCAUUAAAAUAGCCGAUGAGCUCGGUCUGCUGGUAAUACUACGACCGGGACCGUAUAUUUGUGCUGAGCGUGAUUUUGGCGGCUUCCCUUAUUGGCUACUCACAAAAUAUCCCAACAUAAAAUUACGCACUUCCGAUAUAAACUACUUGUACGAAGUGCGCAUUUGGUAUAAUGUUCUCUUCAAUCGCAUUAAGCCGUACCUCUACGGCAAUGGUGGACCGAUUAUUAUGGUUCAAGUGGAGAAUGAAUAUGGUUCCUAUUAUGCCUGUGAUAAAAAAUAUCGCACUUGGCUGCGUGAUGAGACUCUGCUACAUGUACACGACAACGCUGUGCUCUUCACCAACGAUGGCCCCAGUGUAUUGAGUUGUGGGCAUAUAGAAGGUGUGCUGGCGACUAUGGACUUUGGUCCUACAAACCAGUUAAAUAAUUAUUGGGCACGUUUGCGACAGAUACAGCCAAAGGGACCAAUGGUCAACGCUGAAUACUAUCCUGGUUGGCUGACACAUUGGUCUGAGCCGAUGGCGCGGGUGCGCACUGAAGUUAUUUCCAAAACAUUUGUUGAUAUGUUAGAUGCUGGUGCCAGCGUUAAUUUUUACAUGAUGUUUGGCGGCACAAACUUUGGAUUCACCGCAGGUGCGAACGAUGGCGGCCCCGGUCGCUUUCAACCUGAUAUUACCUCUUAUGACUAUGAUGCGCCAAUGACUGAGGCGGGCGAUGCCACAGAAAAAUUCAAAAAGCUACGUGAAAUAAUUGGCCGUUAUCUGCCGCUACCAAAUAUACCAGUACCCGCACCUACACCAAAGAAAAAUUACGGCACUAUACGGCUGAACGCCUGCUGUUCCAUACUUUCUGCAAAGGGUCGUGAAAUACUGUCUACGGGGGUUGUUGUCGACGCAAAGCCGAAAACAUUUGAAGCUCUCGAUCAGUACUCAGGUUUUGUGCUCUAUGAAACUUUAUUGCCGACAUUCAAACGUGACCCGAGCAUGCUAAGUGCUAGUGGCGUGCAUGAUCGUGCUUAUGUGCAUAUAGAUGAUGAAUUCGUUGGCAUACUUUCGCGUGAGACGCCAAUCUACGAACUACCAAUUAGUCCAACUUACGGCAAACGUUUGCAGUUGUUGGUUGAGAAUCAGGGCCGCAUCAAUUUUGGACCUGUAACCGAUUUUAAGGGUAUCACAAGUAAUGUAGUGCUCGACAAGGAAGUGCUGACCAAUUGGACUAUGACUAAGUAUCCAUUGGAAUCGGUUGAGGAUAUCGAAACACUUAUAGCGUUAGUGUCCGCAGAUGAGGAUAAUGUUAUACGACGAUUCCGGGAAAAUAAAGGAGGCUCCCUCUUACGGAGUGGUCCGACUAUUUACUAUGGACAGCUAACGAUACCAGAGGGACAAGUAGCUGAUACGUACUUAGAUACCAAAGGUUGGGGUAAAGGUUUAGUUUUCGUCAAUGGCGAAAAUUUGGGUCGCUAUUGGCCGGUGGCUGGACCACAGGUCACUAUCUAUGUACCACGUGAAGUACUUAAAAGCGGUGAAACCCGCAUUCUGCUUAUCGAAUAUCAGCGUGCCGGUCCAGCUAAUGAAAUAACUUUCACAGACACUCCAAAUUUGGAUGGACAUUAGUCAAUUAAAAGUGACGAUUUUAUCUAAUUUUGUAUGUACAGUUCAUAUGCUCUUAUUUUUAAUUUAGA